AAAGACCAUGAAAAACAUACUUUCAAUUCGAUUAAUGCAACUUAUUUACAUAAACAAAUAAUACUUGACGCACAUCGUAGUUUCUCAAAUCGAAACUACGUAAUCAAAAGCAGCUUUUACACGGUAUUUAAAGAUCGAAAUUGGAAAUAAGGAGAAAUCUUAUCAUCAUUUAAAUUUCCGAAAAAUUUAUCGACGCUCAGAGGUAUUUUCUUUGAUUCUGAUAUUUGUGGAAUAGACUAUCAACAUGAGAAUUUGCAUAAACAUCCGGAGUCUAGAAAUAACAUUUCGAAAGUGUCCAAGCCCGCCUUCAAAAUAUAACAAGUCGAAAAGUGGGGAGGGAAGAGGGUAGGGGUUAACAGAUUCGGAUACAUUUCAAAACCCCCCGACAGGGGUUAAAAUGUUGUCAACCUCCAUGAUACCUUUAUGGGUAUAACUUGCGUGAUAUGUUUGCUGUUUCACCCCUAUCUAUACGGCCGUGUUAUUGUUGUUUAAAGUGGAUAGAUAGAAACGGAGGGCAUAGAUCAAACCUUACGACAAACAACGUGUAGAACCCGAGAGUGCAUUUUGGUACGUGUCGCAUAAGAAAAAGGAAUAGAUGAGACAGAACGGGACGCGACGUUGAAACUUGCGCAUUAUAGUCUGGCGCUUUAGUCGCUUUGCCAAUCGUGCAAGUUAGACACUAGAGAUAAGUGCGGUUCUACCAGGUUCUGCUACCGAUGUCGCAACGGCACAAUCUAACCUCCUGAAAAAAACUAGCAGCGUCCUGAUCGAGGUAACUGUCAGUUCACGGUACGUCAUCGUAAAGCGCCUCGAUUAAGGUUAUUUUCUUUAUAGCCGACUCGUGAUUAGUUCGUCAACCGAUAAGCAAAUCCACGUACGCGACACAUGGCUAACAGAUCGCUGCUAGAUGGUAAAUCAUAAUAAAUUCGAACACCACGAAGCCAAGGAUAAGAAUAGUGUCUCAAUCGAAGAAUUGGAACGGUAUUCGCCACGGCUUUCACAGAGAUGGUUGGAUUGGCGGGCGGGGGAGGUCAUCUGUAUCCCUCGCCCCCAAUGCAACCUAAUCCAGAAUUGAGAGAAAUGACCGGAAUUGCUCCUAGUGCUCCGACUAGUGCAGAUGCUUGUUUAAGCAUAGUGCAUUCAUUAAUGUGUCAUCGUCAAGGUGGUGAAAGUGAAGGUUUCAGUAAAAGAGCUAUUGAAUCUUUAGUUAAAAAGCUUAAAGAAAAACGGGAUGAAUUGGAUAGCUUAAUAACUGCUAUCACUACUAAUGGAGCACAUCCCAGUAAAUGUGUUACAAUACAGAGAACUCUUGAUGGUAGAUUACAAGUUGCCGGUCGUAAGGGUUUCCCGCAUGUCAUUUAUGCACGAAUCUGGAGAUGGCCAGAUUUACACAAGAACGAAUUAAAACAUGUCAAAUACUGCCAGUUUGCUUUUGACUUAAAGUGUGAUUCUGUAUGUGUAAAUCCAUAUCACUAUGAGCGGGUUGUGUCUCCUGGCAUAGACCCGUUCUUUACAGACCUGUCUGGACUGACACUGCAGUCAGGAGUAGGCGUAGGACCAGGUGGUAGACUGGUCAAAGAUGAGUACUCUGUCGGUGGUGGAGGAACAGCAGCAGCUGGAGCAGUAGGGACCGCAAUGGACGUUGACGGAGAAAUGAAUCAAACCAUUCAACAUCAUCCCCCUGCUCAACCUACUUCAUCUAAUAACACUCAACCAUCUCAGCAGACUUUUAUACCAGGCCUAGCACCGCCUAAUCCAACUAGUGGUGAGGGUAUGUUUGGCAGUAAUGGGGGAGGGAAUAAUGCUGGUAACCCCCACAAUAAAAUGGACGACAAUAAUUGCCCCAGGCAAACCUGGAUUCCUACACCUCAUCAUUCUACAACACGUAAUAUUCAUCAUCUAGUACAUCCAAUGAGUCACACCGUAGGUAGCCAACAGCAGUCAUUGAGUACAUCUAGUGGAGGAAAUGGCACCCAAAUGCUCAGUCCCUCGCAAGGACAGCCCACAGAAGCUUUUUAUGGAACUAACACACCACCUCAAGACCUUAAUCAGCCACCAAACGUUGAUGCGUUAACGGCAUCUUUAGGAGAAGGCCAGAACUCUCCUGUAUCACCUGUACAUAUUCAUCAUCCAAAUGGAUUUCCAGUGGGUACAGCUGCUUACAAUUCGGGAGCACCACAGUGGACUGGAGCCAAUACUCUCACGUAUACUCAGAGCAUGCAACCUCCAGAUCACAGACAUCUCCAUCCUACUUCUUAUUGGGGUGGUCAUGGAGGCGAUGUAGGAGGUAAUAUUGGUGGUUUACUUUCCACCCAACCAGCACCUGAAUAUUGGUGUUCUGUCGGCUAUUUUGAAUUAGAUACUCAAGUAGGUGAAACGUUCAAAGUAAGCAGUAGUUGCCCUACCGUCACGGUCGACGGAUAUGUAGAUCCAAGCGGCGGUAAUAGAUUUUGUUUAGGAGCAUUGAGUAAUGUACACAGAACAGAACAAAGUGAGAAAGCACGUCUUCACAUAGGAAAAGGAGUCGUGUUGGAUUUGAGGGGUGAAGGAGACGUUUGGUUAAGAUGCCAAAGCGAACAUAGUGUUUUUGUACAAUCUUAUUAUUUAGACAGAGAAGCAGGUCGCGCACCUGGUGACGCGGUACAUAAAAUUUAUCCCUCCGCAUAUAUUAAAGUCUUCGAUUUACGACAAUGUCACAAACAAAUGAGAGGACAAGCCGCUACUGCUCAAGCUGCUGCCGCGGCGCAAGCUGCUGCUGUUGCAGGGCACUUAACACAUGGAGCACCGAUUACUAAAAGUCUUAGUGCAGCAGCUGGCAUAGGCGUAGAUGAUCUCCGACGACUCUGUAUUUUGCGUUUAAGUUUUGUGAAAGGUUGGGGUCCUGAUUAUCCUCGGCAAAGUAUAAAAGAAACUCCAUGCUGGAUAGAGGUACAUUUACAUAGAGCCCUUCAGUUACUAGACGAAGUUUUACACACCAUGCCAAUAGAUGGUCCUCGGGGAAUUGAAUAAUUUUAUUUGCCUCUGAAUAAUACAUGCGAUAUAAAAAAAAAAGACAUCACAUUGCUGCAAACUCUGCAUCAAGUGUGCAAAAUGUAUAAAAUGCAUACAUGUAUGAUAUACUGUGCGGUAUCUUUGGGAAAAAAAUCAACGCAAGAUGUUGAUUCCAACGAAAACAGUGCGAAUUUCAAUACAAAACGAAAUAUUGAAUCGCAUUGGAACGUUUACUGAAGUUUUUUAUAUAUUUUACACACAUGAUUUGUCGCGUAGGAUGAAAUGUGUGCCACGGCCUUGCAUUACCGUCAACGUACAAACGUUAUGCAAAGGAAAUAUUAUUUUUCUUUAUGAAAAGUUAUUUUUUAAGAAGAAGGAAGUGCAUCUACAAGAAGAAAUAAAGGUAGGAUGAAAGACUUCUAUUUUAAUAGGCAGUCGGUGUCCGAUUUAAGAGAAAAAAAAUACAUUUUCCAUGGCAUGGCCUGGUGAGCUCAGCAAAGUGCGUGAGUAAAACGUGAU